AUGACACAGGCCCGCGGUGAGGGGAGACUGCUGCGUGGCUCGAGAGAACGGAUGCGCGUGUCGGUAUAUAUAGAGACGGGACUGUUCGCCUCUAGGGAGAGCAAACAGGGAUCACUUAGGCAGGAAGGGUUUAGUCCGGCCCUGAAUAUAGAUGCCGUGUAAGGCUGAAAACUGAGGUAGGGGCCUAGAUAGAUCUUUAGGAGACUAGAGAUUAUAGGCACGUUGAACCCUACUGCAAGCUGUAUGUAGAUACAAUUGUAUAAUUUCCU